GAGAGAUGUGGAGAUAACCAGCACCAGUACCAAGCUGGAGGCAGAAGAGGCCCUAAACAUCAGCCUGCAUAGGAGGAACAAGGAGCUGCAGGUCCGUAUAGAGGAGCUGGAGGAGGAACUGGAGACAGAAAGAACCAUGAGAGCCAAGGUGGAGAAGCAGAGAGCUGAUCUGACCAGAGAACUGGAUGACCUCACUGACCGACUGGAGGAGGCAGGGGGAGCCACAGCUUCACAGAUUGAAGUAAAUAAAAAGCGGGAGGCGGAGCUCCAGCGUCUGAGGAGGGACUUGGAGGAGUCUUCUAUCCAAUCAGAGGCCCUAGCUGCGUCUCUAAGGAAGCGUCAUGGUGAUGCGAUGGCAGAGCUGGGAGAGCAGUGUGAGAGUCUACAGAGGACCAGGGCCAAGCUGGACAAGGAGAAACAGAGUCUACGCAUGGAGCUGGAGGACCUUGCUGCCUCACUGGACACCCUGCAGAAAGUCAGGGUGUCGACAGACAGCCAGCUGAGGAAGCUGGAGGAGCAGCUCUCUGAGGCCAACACCAGAGGAGACGAUCUGCAGAAAGCCCUGACUGAGGUCAACGUAGCCAGGAACAGACUCACAGCUGACAACACAGACCUGGCCAGACAGCUGGAGGAGGCAGAGAGCAGAGCCAGCCAGGUGUGUCGCUCCAAGACCCUGAUUGUGACCCAACAUGAAGACAUCAAGAAACAGAUGGACGAGGAGCUCAAGUCUAAGCUGGCCCUGGCCAGCAGUCUGGCAGGGCUGCGUCAGGAGUGUGAGGUGUUGAAGGAACAGCUGGAGGAGGAGCAGGAGAGCAAGCUGGAGCUGCAGCGCUUCAUCUCCAAACUCAACACCGAGGUCACACAUUGGAGGACCAGACAUGAGGCGGACGCCAUACAGCACUUGGACGAACUGGAGGAGACCAAGAAGAAGCUGGCGUCUCGGCUCCAGGAGGCUGAGGAGGCGGUGGAGGCCACCCAGGCUAAGUGCUCCUCUCUGGAGAAGACCAAGCAGAGACUACAGGGAGAGGUGGAGGACCUCUGUAUAGACAUGGAGAAGGCUAGUAAUUGUGGCCAGGCGCUGGAUAAGAAACAGCGCAUCUUGGAGAAGCAGCUGGGUGACUGGAGGCAGAAGUGUGAGGAGCUGGUGUUGGAGGUGGAGGGUUGUCAGAAGGAGAGCAGACAGCACGCCACGGAGCUCUUCAAACUGAAGACGGCCCAUGAAGAGGCUCUGGAACAGGGAGAUGCCCUACGCAGAGAGAACAAGGCCUACCAGGAGGAGAUAGUUGACCUGACUGACCAGCUCUCGGAUGGAGGCAAGAGCGUCCACGAGCUGCAGAAGACGAAGAAGAAGAUAGAGAUGGAGAAGGAGGAGCUGCAGGCCUCAUUGGAAGAGUCUGAAGCUGCCUUAGAGGCUGAGGAGACCAAGGUGCUGCGUCUGCAUCUGGAACUGUCCCAGGCUAAAGGAGACAUGGAGAGGAGACUCCAGGAGAAAGAGGAGGAGUUUGAGGCAGCAAGGAAGAGCCACCAGAGGGCGAUGGAGUCCCUUCAGGCCAGUCUGGAUGUGGAGGUCAAAGGUCGUGGUGAGGGGUUGAGGGUGAAGAAGAAGCUGGAGUCUGACCUAAAUGAGCUGGAACUACAGGUGGACCUGUUCACCAAGAACAACAUAGAGCUCACCAAGAACACAAAGAAGAUGCAGCAGCAGAUCAAGGAACUGCAGGGCCAAUUGGAGGAGGAGGUGCGUGGGCAGGAGGAGCGGAGGGAGGAGCAGGCCGUGUUGGAGCGACGCUGCCUCCUGCUGGUGAGCGAGGGAGAGGAGACACAUGGGGCGCUGGAGAACGCUGACAGACAACGCAAAACCUUAGAGAUUGAGCUUACAGAGACCAACGAGAAGUACAACGACCUCAACAACCAGUUCCAGUCAGCGCUGAGUGGUAGGAGGAAACUGGAUGUGGAUUUACAGGCACUGCAGCAGGAGCAUGAGGAGCUGCAGAACGAACUGAGAGGAGCCAAUGACAAGAUCAAYAAGGCCAACUGUGAGGGAGCACGUGUGUCAGAGGAACUGAGGUUAGAGCAGGACCACACCCUGCACAUGGAGCGGGUGAAGAAGGGUCUGGAGGCCCAGUUAAAGGACAUGGGCACCAGGCUGGACGAGGCUGAGCAGAUGGCCCUCAAAGGAGGCAAGAAGAUCAUCCAGAAACUGGAGGGCAAGGUAAAGGAGCUGGAGUUGGAGCUGGACUCGGAGCAGAAGCGUCACGCUGAGACGGUGAAGACGCUGCGUAAGAACGAGCGUCGUCUGAAGGAGCUGCUGUUCCAGUCCGAGGAGGACCAGAAGAACCAACACCGCAUGCAGGAACUUGUGGAGAGACUCCAGAACAAGAUGAAGGCCUACAAGAGACAAGUAGAGGAGACGGAGGAGCAGGCCAACAUGAACCUCGCUAAGUACAGGAAGACAGUACAUGAGUUGGACGAUGCUGAAGAAAGGGCAGACAUCGCUGAGUCAGCCCUCACCAAGAUCAGGACCAAGAACCGCGGUAGCUUCAGCAAGGGAUACUCGUCUGGUUACAGCACGCCGUACCCCGGGGGGAUCGUGAGGUCACCCAGUUCCGUGGGGUCAGAGGGUAGAAGUGAGAAGAUCAUCAACGACGACAAUGACUCGGUCAGCUCCCUCAUCCCAGCUUAUCUCAACUCCCUGAAGAAACUCAUGAUAGACUAGCACCUAGGGAGGGAGUCAGUUGGAUGUACCAAACAUUCCAGUGGGAGCAAAGAAACAUGUACUGUCUUAUAUAUGUAGGAUCUUAAUUUGAGCCAGUUUGCUACAGCAGGAAAUGUGGAUUAUAAUUAAUGGCCAUUUUUGAAGGGGUUGAUACAUUUUUCAUUUGGGCAAAUUACAUCUGACAUUUCAAAGUGGAAAUUAAACUUUAGAAGACUUUUUAAAAUUCAAAUAAAACGACAAGUUUUUGUUUCCUGCGGUGCAGGACAAUUCUCAAAUUAAGAUCCUACGUUUGUAUGUUUUUACUUUUAAGUCCAAACCAAUUUUCCUACAUACAUGCAGUGCCAGACAUUUCAAAGCAAUAUUUUUUUCUGGAUUUUGUGGUAUACAAUACAUACAGUUGAAGUCGGAAGUUUACAUACACCUUAGCCAAAUACAUU